AUCUCUCUCUCUCUCUCUCUUCGCGCUUCGCAGUUCGCAGUUCGCCGCUUUCUCUCUCUCUCUGCAGCUUCCAUGGCCACCGCACCUUCCGCUUCGCCGCCGCUAGCGCCCGCAUUCCCCAACCGCAGCUACUCCCUCGCCCCUUCGCAGUCGCCCUUCCUCUGCUCCCGCGCCUCCGGCCGCCUCCACGCCCGCUCGCUCCGCCUGAGCCGCCCCAGGAUCGCCCCGGCCGGCGGUCGGGGAGCGGUGUCGUGCGAGGCGACGGAGGUUUCCUUGGCGGACAACGAGCCUUCCUCUUCUUCGCCGUCGCCGUCGUCGAGCGAAAACUGGGUCCCGGUGGUGCCGCUGGCGGCGCUCCCGAAGGGAGAGCGGAGAGUGAUCAUACAGGACGGGGAGACGAUACUGUUGCUGUGGUACAAGGACCGGGUGUUCGCCAUCGAGAACAGGUCGCCCGCCGAGGGCGCUUACAGCGAAGGAUUGCUCAAUGCCAAGCUCACCCAGGAUGGCUGUAUAAUUUGUCCAACAACCGAUAGUACAUUUGAUCUACAAAGUGGGGCUAUCAAGGAUUGGUACCCAAAAAACCCUGUACUUAGAGCAUUGACUCCCGCUUUGAGGACACUCUUUGUUUAUCCUGUGAAGACCGACGAAGAGAAUAUUUUCAUUAACAUGAAAGGGAAUGUGAAAUCUGAUGCAUCUGCGGAGAUAGUCUUUAGUGGGAAGGCUCAACCUGGUAUUACUGCUUCGGAUGUCAACGUGGAUGAGGUGAGGAUGGUGGUUGAUGAAGAUCCCGGGGGGUUUGGUUUCACUGGAAAGAAUGAACUGAUAAAUGGGAAAGCUGCAGUAAUCGGUUUUCUCUUGUUGUUGGAUUUCGAACUGCUGACCGGGAAAGGACUUCUUAAAGGAACUGGAUUUCUGGACUUCCUUUACGCUGUUUCAAAUGCUUUCAAUUAAAAACCAAAGUCUUUUGAGGAUGGGAAGGAAGUCCCUGAACAGUAGGGUUUUUAUAUCUUAUCCUUCUUAUCCUUAGGAACAUUAAUCUGUUCAGGAUGCAUAAAAGAUGUUUACAAGUAUACUGCAUUCCGAAUUUGAUGCUCUCGUUCACAGAUUUAAUUCUUUUAUGUCAA